AGCUUAGUGUCGUUCUCGCAGCUACAGAAGCAGAUUAUCGACCUGGCCGCUACACACUUCAAACACCUCCCAGUCCGCCCUCCGCACGAGGAUCUGGCUCAGGUGCCUCACAAUCUUCCAUCCUUCUUGGGCGAUACUCCGGCAUCCAAGCAAGUUCGUGCUGCCUACAUUGCACACACCGUGUCGAAACUGAUCACGUAUCGAGUCUUUGGGCCCUUCCUAUUCAGUCUGGGCCGCCGCUACGACAAGGCCGACUCUUUGUUCCUGUCAAUGAGCAACCACAUCCGGGACAAGAGCACAAGGAAAGAAGCGAUCUGGCGUCAGCAGACCCUCCUCGCUGCAUUUACAAGCAGCGGAGCAAAGCAACGUAUUAACACCGCUGCUGGCACCGUCGUCGAAGAAAUCGUGAAUGCAAUCAAACAUUUCGCCGAUCCUAGAGAAGAGGAGGGAAUCAAGAUUGCCGUCAAGAGAAUCGUCAAGCUUGCUGCUGAGACGUGGCGUUUUGCUCGUCUUGAGCGCGAAAUGAUCACGGCUACCAUGCCAGCUCUGUACGACGAAGAGCAUCAGUUCACCGGUGGCGAGUUCUGGCCUGCUUACGAGAGCACUUACAAGUCUGAUGGCACAUUAAUAGCCUCUAUGGCCGAUACUGUGCAUCCCGCUGAUGCGCAGGCGAGACUUCUACUGAGACUUUUCCCUGUCAUCUACCGCGAAGCCAAGCACGAGAACUUCCACGCGAAUGGAGAACAGAACGAUGAAGGCUGCAUCUACCACCAUGGAAUGGCUUUGUACGAUGAUGCAGAGCCUGUAAUGGCAAGGGCGGAGGAGCUCAAAUCAGCCGGUUUGCCAUCCUUCACAACUGCUUCACCGACAAAUGCUGAAAUUGGGAAGUUUCCGCCGCCUAUGGUUCCCCCACCCAGGAACCCCCUCCCACCUACACCGGCUAUGUCUGAGAAAACGGCUUCAACAAGUGCCAAGUCGCCUCCUCCAUCUCCUGUUGAGGGAUCUGAUCGGUCACCCGAACGACGGAGGUCGCCACCGCCACCUCCUUCGUCGAUUGCUGCGUUCAACGAGCCUAUGGGUCAGCCAGUGCGAGCAUAUCAACGUCCUCCACCGGGGCCCAUCGACUUUGCAACACCACGCAACAUUAUUGGUAUGCCGCCACCUGUUGAGAGCCUCUUCACGCCAGGCCCCUCAAAGGCUUCCAAGGCUCUAUCGGAGGCGGUGUUCGUCGAGACUGGUCGCCUGCUUGCGGAGACUGCUUCUAUCCCGGAGGCGAUCGAAGAAUUGUCUGAGGAGUCACCUCAAGACAGCGAAACCCUGCCCGUGUUUCUCGAACAUGAGCCUCCAACACCACCCCAUUCUCGUUCCAGCACGCCACCACGUCCUGCGUCUCCACUGUAUGAGGCUAUGGAUGAAAUUGAGUCGCUGCAGAAUCAUCGCGCUCAUCCGUCCUUGAGGCACCGCCGCUCCACGCGUACCCGCCAGACUGAGGACGAGUUGCCAGACAUCAACCCCCGCCCUGAGACUCUACGACGAACUAGCGGUUAUGCGCUCAGCAGUCGCACCCUAAAGAGCGAGCGCAGCGAACGAACCGAGCGAACCGGAAAAUCAGAGCGCACUGAAAAACCUGACCUCAAAACCCGCUACUUGUGUGAGAGCCGCAGUGCUGGUGUCAAGGCCCUAUACCCCAACAGCCCAAUGUCGUCGCAGAGCGGCAAGGCCUUCAAGGAGGCCAUGCAGGCCAAGCGAAGCUCAAAGGAUUCGACAAAGUCCGAAAGUCACCAAAAGUGGCUGAAGGAGCAGAGAAAGCAGAGUCCUGAAAAGCAGGAAAAGCCUGGAAAGCCUGAGCGAUCUGAAAAGUCCGAGCGAUCCGACCGACCAGAGCGUUCCGAACGAUCAGAGCGCUCUGAACGACCGCGGUCCGAGAGGAGUAUGAAAGAGCUGCGGCGCGAGAAGAGCACCAGGAGCGUGAUCGACAGGAGCGUGGUCGAGACGAUCGCGGACAACGGGACCUGGGACACCAACUCCACGCUCUCCAGUCUGGAACCGAACACCCAGUACUCUGUCAACGAGCGCUAGCCUUUGGGUUCUAUCUCAGAUGUCUUGCAACGGUUUAGCGUUUCUUUUGUCAUUUCCUUUGUGACAGCGUUCGUGUUGCUUUGCGUUUCUAUUCCUUUAAUGAAGCGUGCCAGCGGAUGCAUGAGUGGAGACCGGCGACGACGCAUGGACAUGUUUAACGGCCGAAUACAGCAUAGCACGACAGUGAUGAAGUUAGCGAGCAUCGUCACGACUAAGGUCGUAUGACCGGGCGAGGUGCAGAUUACGAGGUCUGUGUUUGGCGUUUGGGGGCUUUCGCUUCAUGCUGUAAAUUAUAUGGACUACAACCUUUUGUGCAUUAUUGCCGUUAAGAUCGUUCAGGCUUUCUUUGAGUGGUGUGCUCUAUGGGCGACGUGAUGUGUAGGAAGGACCAUAUUGUCC